AUGGCGCCUGAAGGGCCGGUCUUUGCCUUCGAGAAUAUUAUCGAAGAGCCAACGAUGAAUGCUAACGCUGGGGUUGGCAUCAUUGGUAACCUGGGUGUGGAGGUAAGAGGAAACAUCUUGGUGGAAAGAACCUCAAGCGUCGUACUCAACGGCUACAAAUCCCUCAAAUUCCUGAGAGGAAAUGCGCUAGGCCAGUCAAACGUCGCCAACUGGUCUAUUAUGGAGGACCCGACUCUCAAAGUUGGUGUUCCGCCUUAUCUGCAAACGGCCAUUUUAGUCUUACGAAGAGUAGAUGAGAUCUUCAAGGCCAACGUCAAUGUCAAAGCUGAUGUUUCCGGGUUCUCGUUCCGAAAUCUGCAAGAUGGUCUUCUCGACAGUGAAGAUGAUCCCGUAAUAUUUGAUCCGGGUGCAGGUCCUCUGAUACCCAACGAGCUGACAGGCCUGGAUCUGCAUGACCUUGGAUCCGUUGAUCUCUCACAGCUUUACAAACUACGACAUGUUAUCGAUAACGACGACAUUAUGCCCCGGAUAACUAUUGGCCAGACUUUUAGAGACCUUUUCCCAAAGGAUAGGGUGAACGACGACAAGGCCGAAUCAUGGUUCAUUGAUCUCUGGGACAACAAUACUGCUGCUGAUGCACGAAACGUACUUCCCAAGUCAUUGGAUCGAGAGGCAAAGUACUUCUCUUGGAUAUCAGAGACACCUAAUAAUGAGACCCCGGCACGAGCGGAUCGAGGGGAACAACAGACCCAGCAACAGCCGAGACCUACUCAUUUCUGCAACUUGAUUGCAAGGCAGUCAAGGGAGAGUCAGCUCACAACUUUUAACAAGUUAGAAAGCCUCCUCAACGAACCUCCUGUCGCACUACUAUCUGACUUUUUCGAACUCCCGGACGACUUCGAAAUCUCUCGACGACAUGACCGCGGAGGCUUUCAGAUUUUCGAUAGUAAAGACGGCAGUAAGGCAUUCAAACUAUAUAUCAUGCAGACACCAUUCUACAGCACAGGAUUCUGGUCAUUACUUCUUUACUCCAUGGUCGAUAGCACUGUGGCAGGAAACUCCAGCAAGCUAUCCGGUGUCAUCCAAGCUGAUGCUGGCGUUGAUCUAAGAAGGACUUUCAGCGACGUGCGUGACCUUAUCGGAAGACAUGGCCACCAUCAGACUCUGUUACCGGUGCAGCUAUUCAGGUCCCACUACGAAAUGACUUUGUCGGCUUUUAAUUCUAUUCAAGCUGAUGUUGGGAUAGUAGAUGAGAAGCUCCUGCGGCAAUUUGAAGAGCAGAGCAAGCUAGAUGAUGCAAGUAAUCUAUACCGGGAUUUAAGCAUGACAUUGCAUAAGUGUAGCAUGAAACUUGCUGAACUUGGUCGCCGACGAAAGUUUGAGGAGGAACUUGGUACCAAACUGCAGCAGGAUUUGAAGGAUGACAGUAAGCUGAGAGUCGUGGUGGAGAUAUACUCUAGAAUGUCACAGAGUCGGGAUUCGGAUAUUGAGAGUCUACCUGGCAAGAUCGAGAGUCAACGAAAUGUUCACGAUAGCUACCUGCAAGCUAGGCUGGCUAGAGAAUCACUCCGAGACUCAAAGGCGAUGAAGACACUCUCCAUCUUGACGAUUCUAUUCCUACCUGGAGCUUUCAUCGCCACCAUUUUCUCUACGAAUAUGUUCGAGUUCAGCUCCAAGAACCAACAAGUCAGGAUAUACUUUGCGAUAGUCAUACCUCUCACCGCUGUCCUGAUGAUCUGUUGGGUUCUUUGGUUGAAGAAUACACCUGAAAGGGGCGAUGCAGAAUCUGGGUUUAAAUAUCGACCAGUAAAAAAUAUGAACUGGCACAAGGAGGGAAAGGAAGACUGA